AUGAAGUUGUUCACCAGGGCACUGAUUCUGUGCUUGUCUCUGAGUCAAGGGAAAUGCACUGAAGAAACCAUGCAGGAUAAUGUCAUCCCUCCUUCUCCAUUGCCAGAGGAAAGCUCCUAUUCUGACUGGGGAAUUGGGACCAUCCGGGAUGGCAUUGAUGCUGUUAAUGGCUAUUUUGACUUUGUCUCAGAGCUGUUAGGAGGAAAGAAUGGAGUCUGUCAAUACAGGUGCAGAUAUGGGAAAGCACCAUUGCCUAGACCAAAUUAUAAAUCUCCAGAACCCAAUGGCUGUAGCUCCUAUUUCCUGGGUCUCAAGGUACCAGAAAGUCUUGAUAUGGGCAUCCCAGCCAUGACUAAAUGCUGCAACCAGCUGGAUGUAUGUUAUGAUACCUGUGGGUCUAAUAAAUAUCGCUGCGAUGCCAAGUUUCGUUGGUGCAUGCAGUCCAUCUGCUCUGACCUUAAACGUAGCUUUGGUUUUGUUUCCAAGGUAGAAGCAUGUGAAUCAAUAGCCGAUACGAUAUUCCAAACAGUCAGGACCUUGGGUUGCCGUCCCUUCAUGAACAGCCAAAGAAGUGCCUGCAUCUGUAAUGAAGAAGAACGAGAUGAAUUGUGA